UCAGUCGUGCAUGGAUCGAUUUUUCCCUGCUGACUGGUUCUGUUAUUUUCUUUUCAGAGUUGGAGCCUUUGUCGAUCAGGAUCGUAUCUGAUUGAUAAAAGAAAAAGUUUAAUUCUCUGCCUUCUUAGUGUAUUUGAGGAAUUGUGUUUCAUUAUCUAAAAACUUAAUAUUAAAAAGUGAAGUGUUGUAUCGUGUAGUAGUAAUCACGUAACACUCGGAACUUGCUUUUAGUUUGGCCUAUAAACAAUUUGUCAAGCAGGAUAUUAUUUCGUUUCUUCCUGCAACAAACGAGUGCAUCAAGCUUUAUCCACUAAACUUUUUAUUACUUGUCCAUGUCCAGCUAUUAAGUAUCAACAGUGAAACUUAUGAUAUCCUGAUAUUCAACAGUGUUGAACGCAUUUUACGUCAUUGGAUUGAAGUGCGACUCAGCAGGCAAAGCGAUUUCGUGACGUGAAGCUAACAGAUAGGCUGAAUAAGGAUGACAUCACGAUUCGAGCUUGAUGCGGCUAUCGUUAGUGGUGCUCCAGAUGUGCUACCGGGGCAGAGGCGACCACUGCCGGAUGAUGACAUACUAAACGCCGUUGCAACUGAUUUCACUCUCCGUAAGCGCUGCGUUUGGGCUCCAGAGGAUGAAGAUUCUUUGGCAUCCGAAGACAUAGAUCUGCUGGAUGACGAUGAUGAACUAGAAGAAGAAGAGGACGAUGGCGUUGGUUGCCCGCUACCUUCAACUCCGGAGGAUACCCAAUUGCUGGAGGCAGAAAUGACAGAAGUGUUAAAGGCGGGUGUACUUUCGGAUGAAAUCGAUCUUGGGGCAUUAGCUCAUAAUGCUGCCGAACAGGCAGAAGAAUUCGUGCGCAAAGUGUGGGAAGCGUCUUGGAAAGUAUGUCACUUUAAGAACCUACCGUCGUGGCUCCAAGAUAACGAUUUCCUACACAAAGGCCAUCGGCCACCGCUGCCAUCCUUUAGCGCUUGUUUCAAGUCGAUUUUUCGUAUUCAUACCGAAACUGGUAACAUCUGGACUCAUCUAUUGGGAUGCGUAAUGUUUAUCGGCGUAGCAACAUAUUUCAUGACGCGCCCGUCCUUCGAAAUGGAACUUCAGGAAAAGUUAAUUUUCAUGGCGUUUUUCAUUGGCGCAAUCGUUUGUCUGGGCUUUUCAUUUGCUUUCCACACGUUAUGCUGUCAUUCGGAAAUGGUUGGCAAACUGUUCUCCAAAUUAGACUAUUGCGGAAUCGCUCUACUAAUCAUGGGAUCAUUUGUACCUUGGUUGUACUACGGAUUCUAUUGUCAUUACAAGCACAAACUAAUUUAUCUAACGGUAGUAAUUGUUCUUGGCAUCACAUCGAUCAUCACGUCUUUGUGGGACAAAUUCUCUCAGCCGAAUCUUAGACCGUUGCGUGCCGGUGUUUUCAUGAGCUUCGGUUUGUCUGGCAUCAUUCCGGCCAUUCAUUACGUUCUAAUGGAAGGUUGGUUUAGUAAAAUAUCUCAGGCUAGUCUCGGCUGGCUGAUUCUCAUGGGAUUGCUCUACAUUUUGGGUGCACUCUUCUAUGCACUUCGAGUGCCCGAGCGGUGGUUUCCAGGAAAAUGUGAUAUUUGGUUCCAGUCACAUCAAAUUUUCCAUGUGCUAGUACUCGUAGCCGCUUUUGUGCACUAUCAUGGAAUAAGUGAGAUGGCAAUGUACCGAGUUACGGUCGGCGAGUGCGAUAUUCCACACCAGCAUCCGGCGAUCGGAUUUUGAAUUGUUCGCUGGUUUUAGCACAGACGCUACAAGAAAGCAGACCAUUGGUUUUUUUUGCGAUGGUUUCCUUUUUUUGUUCAAAACUUAAGAGAUAGAAUUUCUUUCAUAUUUUUGUUGUCUUUAGUAAUUUAAUAUGAAAUUGCAAUCAUAGAACAAAUUGUAUAAAAUAAUAUAUUUUUAUCUCAUUUUUUUGGAAUAAUUUCAAAACAUUGAUUUCAAUUAACAUGGAAAAACACUUAUCAUGCAUCAAAAUUUAUGAAAAUGUAUGCAAGGGAAACGUAGCUGAAACUUUGAUCACUCAAGAUGAACUUGGAAAAUAUCGAGGAAAUGCCGUUGAUAACUUAAUGAAACGAUUCUACCAGCACGCCAGGAGCUGCAACAAAGUUUCGUAAAGUGUUCCCAAGCUAGUACCCCUUGCGUUGUAAUAAAACUAGAAAUAAAUAAAUACCACAAAAUUGGCGUAUCAUGCAUCGUGUACACAAAUAAGUGUGUUAUUGAGAAAGUGAAUUAUGGAAACAAUAUUAUAGUAAAUGAGUCACGUUUGGUUCAAUAUAUGAAAUAAGAAAAGACGCUUCUGUAAAAUAUAAUUUAUUCUUAAUAAUUUUUGCUAAUUCACCGAGCAUAAUAUAACACAAAAUAUCAAUAAAUCUGCGUUAGUGGU